CCUCGCAUAAUAAAACAAUCUUCAAACGUUUCACAAUUCACAUCUCUCUUUUCGAAUUUCCGGAUACAUACACACAAACGUUAUGUAACUGCAAAAAUACAUCAAAACGAGAUUCCACUAUUAGCUAUGUACUAGUCAAAGAGCGUCAUGGUGAUGGUGUGACCCCAAAGUUAGUCUUCACAUGUUUCUUAAGUUUCAAGCAUUGAAUUAUGUUUUGAUAUUUUAUCCAAACAAAAAAAGAAUUGAUUUCUUUCCUUUUACAUUUUUAUAUAUUCUUGAAGAUUUAUUACCUUCUUAGUAAAAUUAAGAUUUAUUUUCUCUUUUGUGUCAUUGUUUUCCUUUGUGCUUGUUUGUAUAGAUGAUGAAAGUGAGGAAAUGGGAGAAGAAGAAUUGAAGAACACAAGAUGUGUCUUCUUCUUCUAAGGCAUUAAGAACAUCAACAAGGAGAGAAACCAUUAUAGAUUUAUAUAUAUAGAGAGAGAGAGAUAGAGAAGAAAGAGAGUUAUAAAAUUAUUUUUCCUUUUUUUUUUGCAAUAAUCCAUUGAGCGAAUAAUGCCAGUCCCCCUUGCACCAUAUCCAACACCUCCGGCGACGCCACUGGCUCCAGCAUAUACUCCUCCGUCGCCUGCAAAUGGUAGUACAGGUGGACAGAGCCAGUUAGUGUGUUCAGGUUGCAGAAACCUUCUGAUGUAUCCGGUCGGAGCAACCUCUGUCUGUUGUGCCGUCUGUAACGCCGUCACGGCCGUUCCUCCGCCGGGAACGGAGAUGGCUCAGUUAGUGUGUGGAGGAUGCCAUACACUUUUAAUGUACAUUCGUGGAGCUACAAGUGUUCAAUGUUCUUGCUGUCACACCGUUAAUCUUGCCCUGGAAGCGAAUCAGGUAGCGCAUGUGAACUGCGGAAGCUGCAAGAUGCUACUAAUGUAUCAAUAUGGAGCAAGAUCUGUGAAAUGUGCCGUUUGUAGCUUUAUCACAUCUGUUGGGGGUUCGACGAGCACGACUGAUCAGAAGCUAAACAAUUAAAAGUUGGUAUGGAUCGUUUAUAUAUUGAAUUGUGAGCAAUAUAGAGGAAGAACCAAAUCCUUUUCCCCCUCCCCGAAGUAACUUGAAAUAUGUAUAAUUCGUCGAAAUUUCUGACUUUGGUCUCUUUGUCCGUUUGUAUAGAGUUGUCUCUCUUCAAUGUUUCUGUUUAAAUUACUGCUUCUUCUUCUUUUGAGAAGAAAUUGAUUCACCAGUUUGUAAAAGCUAAACUUUUAUGGAUGAUAUUUCGAUUGGGUUAAUGCA